AAUCAACCUUUAACAGGCCAUCCUUUUUUCCUAACUUUCUCCUUCAAAUAAACACACCCAUCCAUGGAAUAUUGGAAUAUCAUAUAGCUCGAGAACAAGGAAAAAAUUUCAGUGCAGGCCUCGUGUCAAGAAUGGAUAAUUUACUUAAGCAAAUGAGGGGAAGACUUUCUACUGUUGAACCAGCGAAAAAGGAAGAAUCAAGCAGUGGCAAAGAUCGAAGUAUACCACCACAAAAAACUCAAUCUUUCAAAGAUAAAAAGAAAGGCCAGAACUGGUUCCAGAGACUGAGCUCUAGGCAAAUGAGUCAAGAGUACAGUUCUGAUGGUGGAAUAGAGCAUGCAGCUGCAGUAGCGGCUUCAGCAUUUGCCAUCAGCUCACUGAUAGAAUCAAUCGAUCCAGAUAAAAUACAGGCAAGAAAGGAGCCUGGAAUAUCUUCUAUGCCAAUCAACAGCAGAAAAGAAGAUGCCCCUUCUAAACGAUUCUCAUUUUCAUUCUCUUUCUCCGGUCAAGAUUCAAAGAGAAGUUCAGAUAACCAAGAUGGUAAGCUGCCAAUAACUGCUGCCGCAGAUGCAAAGACACCAGAGAAGGCCAUUGUUCCUACCUCUUCAAUUCAGAAAACUACAAGUUUUGCACCUGAAAAGGCCACCCUGCCAGCCCCUUCACUCAAAAAACCUCCAAGUUUUCUUGAUAAGCCAUCAAACAACAUGCUGAACAAUCAACCUGGAAGUGCAACACCAAAACAUGAUUUUCCCACCACUGUAAAACCCAUACCCCCAUCACCACCGCCACCGCCACCGCCACCCCCACCAAGUGAAACCAAACGGCAGAGGUCAAUUAGCCCUGCAAUGGGGAAAACAAAAGCAGAUGCCUGGGAGGAAGCUGAGUUGGCUAAAAUCAAAGAAAGGUAUGAAAAGCUGAAAACCACAAUACUUUCUUGGGAGACCAAGAAGAAGACGAAAGCAAUGCACCGACGGGAGAGAGAGGAGAGUGAAUUGGAAAGAAAAAGGAAAAAAGCCUUGGAAAAAUACAACAGUGAGAUGAAAUAUAUUGCUCAGGUUGCAGGAGGAGCAAGAGCACAGGCAGAGGAAAGGAGAAGGAAUGAAGUGUUAAAGGCGAAAGAAAAGGCAAAUGUAAUCAGAAAAACAGGAAAGGUUCCAACCACAUGUUUCUGCUUCUGAAUGUGGCCCAUUAUAUAACCAGGCCUAGUUUCAAAAUAGAGCAGCUAAGUGUAAUUAUUUCUUUCAUGACAAUGUAUAUAGGAAAGAAAUCACAGUGAGACUCCAUUGCAAAAGUUUGUACCUAAAAUAAAAAUAAAAAUAAAAAGGAGAGAGAGAAAAAUUUGUAAACUAUUGAAGCCACAUUUGUGUAAAUGAAUUAGAUACAAAAUUUAGUAAGAAAAAAGAACAAUCAGCAGUCC